AUGAAUCGCUCACCAUCAUCAUCGGGGUUGCUCCCGCUCCCGGGGACGCCAGCCUCGUCGUGGGCCGUGUAUCGCGCGCGGUUGGGCGGGUUGGUGAAGGAUGCGGGGGUUCGGGUGGUUGUUGCGUUUUGGCUGUUUGGCCUAAUAAACAACAUCCUCUACGUCCUCCUCCUCUCCGCCGCCCAAGACCUCGUCGGCCCCUCAGUCCCCAAAUCCGCCGUACUCCUCGCCGAUGUCCUCCCGUCGUUCUUCACCAAACUGGUUGCGCCGUAUUUCAUCCACCGUGUGCCGUACUCGUUGAGGAUUCUUGUGUUUGUUGCGUUGUCGUGUGCCGGGAUGUUGGUUGUUGCUGCUGCUGCUUCGGGGGGGACAUCGGUGGCGGUCAAGUUGUUUGGGAUUGUAUUGGCGAGUUUGUCGAGUGGUGGCGGGGAGUUGAGUUUCUUGGGGCUGACGCAUUAUUAUGGGCAUGCGAGUCUGGCUGCGUGGGGGAGUGGGACGGGCGGGGCCGGGUUGAUUGGGGCUGGGUUGUAUGUGGUGUUGACGGUGUGGGUUGGGUUGAGUGUGAGGGGGAGUUUGUUGGUGGGUGCUGUGUUACCCGGGGUCAUGGUGAUUACGUUUUGGGUGGUGUUGCCCCGGGCGCCGUUGGAGAAGGGGUGGAAGGGGGAGUAUGAGCCGCUUGGGGAGGAGGAAGGGGAAGACCGAUAUCAUGAGCAAGACGACUUCAACGACCUCCCCGCUGGCGCAGCAUCCGUCAGCCUCCUGGCCCCCGGCCCAUCCGUCGCUUCUACAGCCUAUUCCCACAACACCUCUACUACAACCCACUCUCCCCACCAACCAUCCCACCACCCUACCGCGACAACCUUCCUCACCAACCUCCGCCGCGCCCGCGCCCUCUUCCUCCCUUACAUGCUCCCCCUCCUCCUGGUCUACGUAGCCGAAUACACCAUCAACCAAGGCGUGGCGCCCACCCUCCUCUUCCCCCUCCCAGAAUCCCCCUUCUCCGAAUUCCGCGCCUUCUACCCCUUCUACGGCUUCCUCUACCAACUCGGCGUCUUCAUCUCCCGCUCCUCCACGCCCUUCUACCGAAUCCACCACCUCUAUUUGCCUUCACUCCUCCAAAUCGGCAUCUUGGUCCUCCUCACACUCCACGCGCUCUGGGGGUUCAUACCAUCGGUGUACGUGGUGUUUGGGAUUAUAUUCUGGGAGGGUCUGCUCGGCGGCGCGGUGUAUGUGAAUACCUUUGCGGAGAUCAUGGAGAACGUGCCUGCGGAGGAUCGGGAGUUUAGUUUGGGCGCGACGUCGGUCAGUGAUAGUGGGGGGAUUUGUAUUGCUGGGUUUGUGGGGUUGGUAUUGGAGGUGUGGCUGUGUCAGUGGCAGGUUGAGCAUGGGAGGGAUUAUUGUCGGAGGAUUGAGACGAGUUGA